GAGAAUGACGAGUAUCGAUGAUGAGAGGCGCGACGAUGACGAUGAUGAUGACGAGAAUCGUGUCGGGAGAGGACGGUGGGGGACUGUGUUGGCGACGAGAUGUGGAGAACGACGAGGUGGUUGCGGCACGUUCGACAGCUCGGAGCAGAGUGAGCGGAGGCGGCGUCGGCGUCGUCGCUCGGCGUCAUCGACGACGCCGACGCCGACGCCGACGCCGCGCUCUCGGAUCCUCUCGGCUCGGCUCGGACCCGGCUCGGAUGGAAGACACGCCGAGGACGUGUGUUGGUGAAUGCGUAAUGGAGUGGUGCACACGGAACGCGCGCCGAGGAGCGCAGCGGUUCUCAAAGCGUACACCCGAUUUGGGGAUGCAAACAAGAGUGAAUGUCGCAAAGGCGAGCAUGAGAAAACGAAGGACGAAGUGA